GCGCGGCGGCGCGAGCGCCAGCGGGCAGCCCUCGCGGAGAUCGGCCAUCUUGCCUUAGUGCACGCUUGGAUCCCGUAACGGACGGUCACUCGCCUCCGUCAGCCACCCUCCUCGGGCGGUCGUGCGUGUGCGGGCGGUGGCAGCGAGCAGUGCGGAGCACCAGGCGGUGCGCCGCGAGCGCAGCGAGGGGCCACAGCUGCGGAAAGAUAGAGGAGAGAAACGGAGUGCGUGUGUGUGCGCGCGCGCGCGCGUAUCUCUGUGUGUCGUACGAGCGGUGUAACGCGGAUCGCGCGGCCCCGGCGGCAGGAUGGCGGGUAACACGGGUAUGGAGCAGUUGAUCCCGAUCGUGAACAAGCUGCAGGAUGCGUUCACGCAGCUCGGCGUGCAUAUGCAGCUCGACCUGCCGCAGAUCGCGGUGGUGGGCGGCCAGAGCGCGGGCAAGAGCUCCGUGCUCGAGAACUUCGUCGGCAAAGACUUCUUGCCAAGAGGUUCAGGCAUUGUGACAAGGCGACCUCUCAUCUUGCAGUUGAUUCACAGCCCAACUGAAUUUGCCGAGUUUUUACAUUGCAAGGGUAAAAAGUUUGUGGAUUUCGACGAGGUGCGGAAGGAAAUUGAAGCAGAGACAGACAGGGUGACGGGAAGUAACAAGGGCAUUUCUAACAUACCAAUUAAUCUCAGAGUGUAUUCACCCAACGUCCUAAAUUUGACGCUGAUCGAUUUACCUGGACUUACAAAAGUGCCGAUCGGAGAUCAGCCAGCAGAUAUAGAAGCCCAAAUUAAGGGGAUGAUCUUUCAGUUUAUCAAGCGUGACAAUUGUCUCAUAUUGGCAGUCACACCGGCCAAUACUGAUCUAGCCAAUAGCGAUGCUCUUAAGCUCGCUAAGGAAGUGGAUGCACAAGGUGUACGUACAAUUGGCGUUAUCACUAAACUGGAUCUCAUGGACGAUGGCACCGACGCAAGAGAUAUUUUGGAAAACAAAUUAUUGCCAUUGAGAAGGGGUUACAUCGGCGUUGUCAAUAGAAGUCAGAAGGAUAUAGAGGGACGGAAGGAUAUCAAAAAUGCUCUAGCCGCUGAGCGAAAGUUCUUUCUCAGCCAUCCGUCUUAUCGUCAUCUAGCAGACAGAUUGGGUACACCGUAUUUGCAGAGAGUUCUCAAUCAACAAUUAACAAACCAUAUCAGGGAUACCUUGCCAGCUCUAAGAGAUAGGUUACAAAAGCAGCUGUUAACUUUAGAGAAGGAUGUCGAGCAGUACAAACACUUCAGACCUGAUGAUCCUGCAAUCAAAACAAAGGCUAUGUUACAGAUGAUACAACAACUUCAAUCAGAUUUCGAGAGAACUAUAGAAGGCUCGGGUUCAGCACAAAUUAAUACUAACGAGCUCAGUGGGGGCGCAAAAAUCAACAGACUUUUCCACGAGCGUUUUCCAUUCGAAAUUGUUAAAAUGGAGUUCGAUGAAAAAGAAUUAAGGAAAGAAAUUGCUUUCGCCAUUAGAAACAUUCAUGGUAUCAGGGUGGGAUUAUUUACCCCAGACAUGGCUUUUGAGGCAAUAGUCAAAAAACAAAUCAACAGACUUAAAGAACCAAGUCUCAAGUGUGUAGACUUAGUCGUGCAAGAACUUAGUAACGUUGUACGCAUUUGUACCGAUAGGAUGUCGCGUUACCCUAGACUAAGAGAAGAGACGGAACGUAUUAUAACGACACACGUCAGGCAACGUGAACAAAUGUGUAAAGAGCAGCUGAUCUUGCUGGUGGAUUGCGAACUCGCAUACAUGAACACGAAUCACGAAGAUUUCAUCGGUUUUGCGAACGCUGCAGCCAGUAGCCAUAAUGCAAGUGCACAACAAUCCUCGGAAAAUUCCGUUAAGUCUGGACGGCAUACGUUAGGCAAUCAAGUAAUUCGUAAAGGCUACAUGUGCAUACAUAAUCUCGGUAUCAUGAAGGGCGGUUCGAGAGAUUACUGGUUUGUCUUGACAUCAGAGAGUAUCUCCUGGUUCAAGGAUGAGGAAGAACGUGAAAAGAAAUACAUGUUGCCUCUGGACGGACUGAAAUUGCGUGAUCUAGAACAAAGUUUCAUGUCGCGUCGUCAUCUAUUUGCGUUGUUCAAUCCAGAAGGAAGAAACGUUUAUAAGGAUUAUAAACAGCUGGAGUUGAGUUGUGAAACACAAGAUGAUGUUGACUCCUGGAAAGCGUCAUUCCUGAGGGCUGGUGUAUAUCCCGAAAAAUCAACAGAGCAAGCAAAUGGCGAAGAGGAUAAGCAGAGGGGCGGAACAGAGGGUCAGUCAUCGAUGGAUCCUCAAUUGGAGCGUCAGGUGGAAACUAUCAGGAACUUAGUAGAUUCUUACAUGAAGAUUGUCACAAAAACCACCCGUGAUCUGGUUCCAAAGACAAUUAUGAUGCUUAUUAUUAACAAUGCUAAGGAUUUCAUUAAUGGAGAAUUGUUGGCACAUCUUUAUGCAAGUGGCGAUCAGGCUUCAAUGAUGGAAGAAUCUCCCGAAGAGGCGCAGAAGCGGGAGGAGAUGUUACGCAUGUACCACGCAUGCAAAGAGGCUCUUCGUAUCAUCGGAGAUGUCUCCAUGGCCACAGUUUCUACCCCAGUACCACCACCUGUGAAGAACGAUUGGCUGGCAUCCGCCGAAAAUCCAAGUCUUGGAUUAUCGCCACCAUCUCCUGGUGGUCCAAGACGCGGAGUGACACAGCCACCACCUAUUUCUAGCUCACGAGCACCACCACCAGUACCUUCAGGCGGCCGGCCAGCACCAGCCAUCCCUAAUAGACCUGGUCCGGGUGGACCACCACCAACGCGAGCUAACCCUGGCCUACCUCCACCUAUGAUACCAUCUCGAGGGGGUGGUCUACAGCAGAGGAUAACGCAAGCUGCGACACAGGCUGCGACGCAGGCCGCCGUGAACGAGCUGAUGGACGCGUUCAAGAUCAAGCGUCCCGUACCCAAUAUUCCCCCCCGAAUUCCCGACAGACCAUACUCCGGCCGACUAAACUGAGCUAGUCCGAGACAGCAGCCUGUGCAAGAUGCACCUGUAACGGUCCGAGACAGCAUCAGAAGAGUUUACGUCCCGGAUGUGUCGCGGGGCAAAGCUAACCGGAGGAAUCUUCAGUUACGCGAUGGGAACAAGAAGAUUUCCUAAAACGAGCGUUUCGUCCUAUGUAUAUUACUCUGAUCUCAUCGGCCUCGACAUCGACUUGUUGACGUUUGCCGACAGAGACAGGAGUCACGAGGAGUAGCUGGAAUGCAGGGAGACCACUCGUGCAGAGAGAAGGAGGAGCAAAGGCUGUGUUAUGCGAAUACUGGAGGAGAAAGAGGGACCAAGAAACACAUGGCAGACAUAGGGGAGAAUGGCCUGCCUUGUUUCUCGAUGGUCAAGACAGCCAGAAAGAUUCCAUCAGUCACUUCUUCAACCGCUUCUUUCUCUGGUGUAUACUUCGUCUUCUAUCUUUAUUUAUGUACAGCUAGAUCCGCGGUAGAUUACGGUGUAGCUCUAAGUAUUAACACCACGCUCGACACGCGCCAGGUGUGAUUUUUUUGAAGGAACACUUUCGAGUUCGAAACGGCAAUAGGGGUCUUACGACAAGAAGGACGAUCCCGAUGUGUUUUUCGAUCAACGAUUUUACAAAGUUCUUCAAAAUCGCGAUUAUCAGUAUUACAAACAAAUUAGUUUAGAGCUACUAAGUACUCAAGGAUACAACGGUGCGAGUUCGAUAUGUCGGAAAGUGUCGAAGUAUUACAGUUUUAUUUAACAAUCCCUAACCUCGUGAAACUACAAACUGGAUAACUUGAAAACUUUGCCGGUUACUUCGAAUAUUCCUAUUCUAUCUCUCUUUUAUCUACUUGCGAUAUUCGAGACAUACCGUAUCCUUCUUAUCGUAAGUUCCGCGGCGCAAGUAUUGUAGCAGCGAUUUUUUUUCACAUACGAGACGAGUAUAGACAACCCAAUUACCUCGAUUGUAGAAGAGAGCUAAUUAGAACAGAGGGGCUAAGUCACACCUCGAAGGGAAAACGGAGAGUUUGCUCGAUCGAACACGCUAUCAGCAUUCCAGAGAGAUUUCGCAAUUAUAUAUAUACAUAUAUAUACAUAAAAUUACACAGAAAUGUAAAUUAUUGUGAUCAAUGCAUUAUUAUUGUAAAUAAGUGGGAUCUGCUUGACAAUUUAUGCCAUGGAGAUCGUUUGGUACAAUAACGAUGCUAUCUUUAAAGAUCUCUAGGGAUUUCGCGAUAAACAACGAAGCGUAAACGGGCCAUUGUACUGAGUGGUAUGUAAAUGACACGAAGAUGAAGAUAUUUAUUUCGAGCAAUCGUAUAGAAUGCGUUUUUUUUUAAUCGAUACAUACGCAGUUAUUUUUACGUAUCUUUUUAUAAUUAUUUUUGCAUCGUAACAUUAAUAGCGGCGCGAGAACGACUACGGCGGUAUUGAAAAACGCAUCACAAUUAUUUUGUAAAUGAAAUGAAAACGCCGGUAUAAAUGAAGUAACUGAAAUUGUACAUAUACACUUUACAAACAUAGUAUUACGCGUAAUUGUGUUAGGAAGAGAGAGAUUUUGUAUUACCAAACACACUAAUAGCCAGUCUAUGAUACGUGACACCGACUGACGACGAAUGUGUACCUAGGACAUACAAUAAAUCAAAUAAAUGAUUAUUUAAUACAAAACAGUACGUUUUAUCAAUGUGAGAAAUGUUUCUGCCAUAAGUUAUGAUAAGAUAUGUAUUAUUUAUCCAUAUAUUUCGUACAUUAUAUAUUUUUUAUGAUUAUGUUCAAUUAUAUAUUACUUAAUUAUAUCAGUGUAGUAUACAUCAUUACUGUUAAUGUAUUAUAUUUUAUACAACUUGUAAUAUAAAUGGCGACACAUCGUUUCUUGUACACAAUAUAAAAGUUAAAGCUAA